UCAACAUCUCACGAUAUUAUAAAGAAAAAAUAUUUUUGUUGAAAUAUAUUCUCUGAGCCACAGUGAGAAACUAUUUUGGGUGCAUCCUCGGGUCAUGGCGAGCACAGCUCCCGCUGAGAACGUGGACCGUGAGUUGACCUGCUCCAUCUGCCUGGACACGUUUGUCUGCCCCUCCACGCUGACCUGCGGCCACUCGUUCUGCCUCCAGUGCCUGGAGGAUGCCUGGAAGGAGACAAACUCCUACUGCUGCCCGCAGUGCCGCAAGACUUUCCCUCGACGACCCCAGCUGACCAGGAACGUGACGAUCGGCAACCUCAUAGAGCAGCUGCAAGUGACUGAGACCAUGGCUGCUGCUGCUGGUGUUGUUUUCUGUGACCACUGCCCAAAUGGCAAGACGCUUGCAGUGAAGACUUGCCUCAAGUGUGACACAUCCUUCUGCAUGGAACACCUCGCGCCUCACCUGGAGAAGAAGAAGUUUAAUGAUCACGUCCUAGUUUCACCAGUUGUGAACCUUGAAGAACGCAAGUGCAGGAGGCACAAAGAGGAGCUCAAGUUCUACUGCAAGCAAGACCUCAGCCUCGUGUGCAGGGACUGCACCAUCGCAGGAGACCACACGGGUCAUAAGUUUAUCACACUGGAGGAUGAGCAUCAGACACGGAAGAAUGGAGUUGGAGCAGAGACGCGAGCGGUGGAGGAGAAGAGGAGGGAGGCGGAGGCGUCCGUGGGACGGAUGAAGGCCGCUCGCAAGGACGUGCAGGAUUCCAUGGUCCAGACCAAGGUUCGCAUCUCAGGCGAGUUCACCCGUAUGAGGGCGACGCUGGAUGAAGACGAGAAGGCAGCUCUGGAUCGCGUGGACGUGAAGGGGCAUGAGCUGCUGUCCCAGAUCAAGGAGAACAUCGCUCAUUACGAGCGUGAGAUCAGCAACCUCCAGGCCGCAGCUACGCGCCUGCGCGCUCUGCAGGAGGAGAGGGACUCGCUCACGUUCCUGCAGGUUCACCUAAAGGAGACAAACCGGAGAGACACUCAGAAGGGAUCUCCACCGUCAUCUCCCAGUGAAAAAGACAUCGCCUCUAUCAGAGCCCUGCAGGGAGCUGUGAUCAACCUGCUGGCAUUCAUGUACGGACGCUCACCGACUGUGGACCCAAACUCGGCCCACAACAUCCUCCAGAUUUCCUCAGACCUCAGAACGGUGACGCGGACCGCUGUCUCCCAGGGUCGCCCCGAUCAACCACACCGCUUUGAUCACUGGCUACAAGCCCUGUGCACCGAGAGCUUCUCGUCGGGUCAGCACUACUGGGAGGUGGACGUGGGGGGUGUGGCGGGGAUUUGGAUGGUUGGAGUCGCGUACGGGACGAUCGCACUGAAAGGGAGUGGUAAAGAGUGCGGGCUGGGACAGAACGACUCAUCCUGGGUUUUAUAUAAAAAUUCCAACAGCUGCUCAGUGUAUCAUGGUGGUGUGAAGACCUCAGUGCCGGUGAGGGAUCCUCCCCGGAGAGUCGGGUGUCACCUGCACUGGGAGGCGGGGCUGCUGUCGUUUUACCGUGCCGACUCCAUGGAGCUGCUCCACUCCGUCCACCACUCGUUUAGUCAACCGCUCUACCCCGCACUGUGUGUGUUGAGUGAUGGUGACUCAGUGAGGAUUCUGGAUCUGAGUCGUGCAUCCUGAGAGCACGGAGUGUGAGCAGCGCAGAGGAACGGGCACAACGCCCAGACUUGUGCACACAAAGACAGAUACCCCCGUAUAGUGUGAACAGGCUGUAGGGGCAAGUGCUGCCAGCAAGCACAUAUAAAGGCCGGCACUUCACACGAGGGUGUGGGUGGCCACCACCACGCCUGGCCGCCUUUGUCUCCCAAGUGGCGAUGUUUACUCAUCGCACCAGGUACUUAUUUGAGGCUGAGACGACCUAGGGGAGGCCCAUGACCGGUUUACCAACACCAUUGAUAACUAUUAUCUGAAUCGGUCUUGGGUCUCUCCUAGGUCGAAUCAGCCUCAAAUGAGUACCUGGUGCGAUGAGUAAUUAUCGCCCAAGGGGAUACAAAGGCGGGUCUCCGCCAGGCUGGCCUUCAUAGGUGCUAUUCACUAGCAGCACUUGCCUUAAUAGUCUGUUAAGGCAACACUGGGGAUCUUUGUUUUUAGUGUAUAGAGAGUCAUGUGUGCAGUGUG